GCCCGCCCCCCCGGCCAUGCCUGCGCCGCGGUGUCGCCGCGCCGCUGUCGCCGCCGGUGUCGGUGUCGCCGCUGUCGCCGGUGUCGCCGCCGGGGCUGGCGGCGGGGCUGCUCUGCGUGCCGGGGCUCGUCUUCUUCCCGGGGCUCUUCGUGCUGGCGCGCCGCGGCCUGGCCGCCAUCGCCGGCUGUCCCCAGAGCCGCGCCACCGUGCUGGCCGCCAGGUUGGUCUCCUCCGUUCAGGCCGUCAUGGCCUCCACGGCCGGGUUCAUCAUCUCCAGCUCCUGCCAGAACAACGUCAUCGAUGACAGGCACUGGCUGGCGUGA